AUGUCGGCUGAUACUCCUCUUGACGAACUUCAAUGGUCAUCCCCAGAAUGGAUCCAAAUGUUUGGCCUCAAUUCAUACAAUGUGCUAGAAUACUUUUCCCAGCUGCCAUUUUAUGAUCGAGCUUCCAAUAAUCAAGUACUAAAGAUGCAGUAUCAAUUCCAUCCUCACUUAAUGCAUAUGCCCCAGAGUCAUCAUGAGUUUGUUUCCGCCCUUCAAAAGAUGUCCAACGGUACAGAAUUUGUGGUACAUUUGAAUGGGGAACCAACUUUUUACAUCAUCCGUAAACAACAGCGACAUUCACCUGGCCCAGCUCAGCUGUCGGUACAAAUCUUGCACGACUAUUACAUUAUAAAUGCCAAUAUAUACCAAAGUCCUUCGGUUUUUGGUAUUCUCAACUCAAGACUUCUCAGCUGUGUGCUAAGUUUCAAACAAAGUUUUAAUAUUCUUAAUGGCAUGAACAAUUUCAAUAGCGGCACUGGUCAUCAGUAUGUUGCCACAGAUAUACAAAACAAUAUAGUGGAAUUGGAAGCCAAGAUUAAUGCAAUUAAUAAGAAUGAAAUAGAAUCUACUAAUCCAACCGUAUCGUCAGCCACUACUGGCAAUAUGUCCAUGAAAAGGGCAAAUAAUGGUAAUAUUGGCAAUAGUGUACCACAAGCACCUUCCACAGGCUCCAACCAAAAUACUCCUGGUAACGUGGGGAUAAACGCUGCGGCAAGUGCUCAAGGGUCUACUCGCCAGCCGCCGGCUGUGGUAUUUGAUAGGUUGUUGGGGAUAACAAUGAAAGAGCUCAAAAGCGCAGAGCCAGAUUUUGGGAGCAAAAAUUUAAAGGAGGAAAUCAAAUAA